CUGAUGUUUUACUAAAGCAUCGGUUGCAUAAAAGCUGUCUGGCAAAGGAGUGCAGAACUUUAAUAAGCUCACUUCACAGGGCGAGUGAAAAGAAACGUUUGUUAGCUUAGUUUGUUGGCUGAAGAAGGAAAGAAAUGCAGUCUGUGGUUAAACAAAACCUCCAUUCGGACACCGAAGCAGACAUCAACAAACUCAUCAACCUGAAGCUCAGUGCAUCCUACACCUACCUUGCUCUGGGGAUGUAUUUUGACAGGGAUGAUAUUGCCUUGCCAAAAUUCUCCAGUUUUUUCUUGGAGCGCUCAGUGAAGGAGAGGGAACAAGCCGAGAAGCUGCUGGAAUAUCAAAACAUGAGAGGAGGUCGAAUUUUGCUUCAGACUAUUGCUAAACCAAGUAGAGAGGAUUGGAGAGGUGGUCUGGAUGCAAUGUCCUUUUCCCUUGACUACCAGAAGUCCCUCAACACAUGUAUCCUCGAUGUGCACCGCAGAGCUGGCACCCACACUGACCCUCACCUGUGUGACUUCCUCGAGCAACACUUCCUCAAUGAUAGCCAUGACACCAUCAAGAAGCUGGGCGAUUACAUUGGAAGUCUUACCCGCAUCACUGCGUCUGAGACACAUGGCUCUAUGGGAGAAUACCUCUUCGAUAAACACACUCUGUAAAGGUCACAGCAGUACAGUAACAGAGUCAAGAGGGCAACUGUCCCUCACAGUGUGUAGUUUUUCCCCUUUCCUACAAUAUCUUUGCACCUGUUUACACCCCAAACAUCAUUCUUGUACCCACGGCACAAGAGAAGAUCUAAGCAAAAUAACAGAAAAUACCUCAAUUUUUCUUGAAAACCAGAGUAGAGAAAUAAUGUUCUCACUAAUAUGGUGCUGAAAACUACCAUUUUCCUAAGCUGUUAAAAAGAGUCACUUGUUCAUUUAGACUCAGUUGUAUCAUGUGUCAUGCAUUCCACUGUGUCAGAGGUUUUAACCUCCAUUACUGUUUUGUAAAAACCCCAGCAAUUUUGAGUCAACCACUAUAUUCACAAUAUUUUGAGUCAAUAAAAAAUUUGGAAGAUCAUGGAAACUUUGAAUAAAGUCAGAUUAUGCAGA